CUUUGCAUAUCACGUGGGGGCGGGCGGGCCAAUGAGCGCCAUCCUGGCGCGACACUGGCGCGUCAGCCCUGGUCAAGUCUGGGAGAUUUAGUAUCUCUUUUUUCAGUCUUUGGGGCUUUUAAAAAAGAGCCACUGGUCUCAAUGCGGAUCGGGCUAUGACAGCCUCCGUGCUCCUCCAUCCCCGCUGGAUCGAGCCCGUCAUGUUCCUCUACGACAACAGCCUGGAGGAGAUCAACAAGAACAUGGAAGCGGCCGCCGGCUUCCACGCGGCGGCGGCGGCGGCCACCAACUUCGCGGCGGCCAACCAGUGCCGCAACCUGAUGGCCCAUCCCGCCUCCCUGGCCGCCCCGGGCAGCGCCGCCGCCUACACCUCCAGCGAGGCGCCCGCCGGCCCGCCCGGCAUGGCCGAGCCCGCCGCCGCCGCCGUCAAGCAGUGCAGCCCCUGCUCCGCCGCAGUGCAGAGCUCCGCCGGCCCCGCCGCCGCCCUGCCUUACGGCUACUUCGGCAGCGGCUACUACCCGUGCCGCGUGGGCCACCACAACGCCGCCCUCAAGUCCUGCGCCCAGCCCGCCGCCGCCGCCUCCUUCGCAGACAAGUACAUGGACACCUCCGCCGGCGAGGACUUCACCUCCCGCGCCAAGGAGUUCGCCUUCUACCAAGGCUACGCCGCCGGACCCUACCAGCCCGUGCCCGGCUACCUGGACAUGCCCGUCGUGCCCACCAUCGCCGGCCCCGCCGAGCCCCGCGGCCACGACUCCAUGCUGCCCAUGGACGGCUACCAGCCCUGGGGCAUCCCCAACGGCUGGAACGGGCAGGUCUACUGCCCCAAGGAGCAGAACCAGCCGCCCCACCUCUGGAAGUCCUCGCUGCCGGACGUGGUCUCCCAUCCCUCAGAUGCCAACUCCUACAGGCGUGGGAGAAAGAAACGAGUGCCUUACACGAAAGUCCAAUUAAAAGAACUCGAAAGGGAAUAUGCUACAAAUAAAUUUAUCACCAAAGACAAGCGGAGAAGGAUAUCGGCUACUACGAAUCUCUCAGAGAGGCAGGUCACAAUCUGGUUCCAAAACAGAAGAGUGAAAGAGAAAAAAGUCAUCAACAAAUUGAAGACGACAAGUUAAUGGGUUAAAUGGAAAGGCAGCGUGCUCAGAGCUUUAAGAACUAUAUUUUUGGUCCAUAUUAAGAUAAUAAUAAUAAUAAUUAAAAAGACAAGACAAUGAACCUUUUCUUUCACAAAAACUGUGUCUCUGGAACUAUGACUUUUGAAA